CAGGGAUGUUUGUAGGUUUUCGUCGUCGAUGGUGUUUCUUAUGGUUGAGAGAUCAAUUCGCAGUCGGGAUGUUGACUACGCAAGCCAGCGAGUCGUGCAAUGCACAAGUGCGACUUUUAUUGAAAAUGAUUUGGACUUGUUUUUCAUUCACUUUAGCAAUUUGUUGGCUGAAAAAAGACGCAAGGAGACUGAGUCAGACUACAAUGGGAACAAUCGGUUCCUUAUAAUAUGAUGGAGGAUAGCCCGUUCCUACAACAUGCGGCAAAGGUCUUUACUCCUA